CCGGAGCCGGGGGCUCGGGCGCCCUCCGGCCCGCGUCCGCGCGCGGCCACAUGGCUUGGCUCCGCGCGCUGCUGUCCUGCCUGCUGCCCCUGCACUGUGCGCUCUGUGCCGCCGUGGGCAGCCGGACCCCAGCAGAACCGCGUCUCUCUGGAAAGCUCCGUGACUAUGGUGUGACAGUGCCAUGCAGCACGGAUUUUCGGGGACGCUUCCUCUCCCACGUGCUGUCUGGGCCGGCAGCAGCCUCCGCAGGGAGUGCAGUAGCGGAGGGACCACCCGCACCGCAGUCGCCCUCGGGUCACCUCCGGGUGGCCCGCAGCCUCCUGGACCUGGACGGGGCCACCCUGCAGCCUGGCCGGGUGGGGCGCCCCUCCCUCUACUUCAAUGUCACAGUUUUUGGGGAGGAACUACAUUUGCGCCUGCGGCCCAACCGACGGCUGGUGGUGCCCGGAGCCUCGGUGGAAUGGCAGGAGGAUUUUCGGGAGCUAUUCCGACAGCCCCUGCGGCGGGAGUGUGUCUACACCGGGGACGUCACGGGCAUGCCAGGGGCAGCUGUCGCCAUCAGCAACUGCGACGGAUUGGCGGGCCUCAUCCGCACGGACAGCAGCGACUACUUCAUCGAGCCCCUGGAGUGGGGGCAGCAGGAGCGGGAGGCCGGCGGGAGGACGCACGUGGUGUACCGCCGGGAGGUCGUCCGGCAGGAGUGGGCCGAGCCCGGCGGGGACCUUCACAAUGAAGCCUUCGGCCUGGGCGACCUCCCCAACCUGCUGGGCCUGGCAGGGGAGAAGCUGGGCGACGGGGAGCGGAAGCGGCGGCACGCCAAGGCGGGCGGCUACAGCAUCGAGGUGCUGCUGGUGGUGGACGACUCGGUGGUGCGCUUCCACGGCAGGGAGCACGUGCAGAACUAUGUCCUCACCCUCAUGAACAUCGUGGAUGAGAUUUACCACGAUGAGUCCCUGGGGGCCCACAUAAACAUCGCGCUGGUCCGCUUGAUCAUGGUCGGCUACCGACAGUCUCUGAGCCUGAUCGAGCGUGGGAACCCCUCUCGCAGCCUGGAGCAGGUGUGUCGCUGGGCGCACUCUCAGCAGCGCCAGGAUCCCAGCCACGCAGAGCACCACGACCACGUGGUCUUCCUCACCCGGCAGGACUUCGGGCCCUCAGGUACGCCAGGGUAUGCACCUGUCACUGGCAUGUGCCACCCCCUGAGAAGCUGUACCCUCAACCACGAGGAUGGCUUCUCCUCAGCCUUUGUGGUGGCCCACGAGACUGGCCACGUGCUCGGCAUGGAGCAUGACGGUCAGGGCAACGGCUGUGCCGACGAGACCAGCCUGGGCAGUGUCAUGGCGCCCCUGGUGCAGGCUGCCUUCCACCGCUUCCACUGGUCCCGCUGCAGCAAAGUGGAGCUCAGCCGCUAUUUGCCCUCCUACGACUGCCUUCUCGAUGACCCCUUUGCACCCGCCUGGCCCCGGCCUCCGGAGCUGCCGGGCAUUGGCUACUCCAUGGACGAGCAGUGCCGCUUUGACUUCGGCUCUGGAUACCACACCUGCUCUGCGUUCCAGACCUUCGAGCCCUGCAAGCAGCUAUGGUGCAGCCACCCCGACAACCCGUACUUCUGCAAGACCAAGAAGGGGCCCCCCCUGGAUGGCACCGAGUGUGCGCCGGGCCAGUGGUGUUUCAAAGGUCACUGCAUCUGGAAGUCGCUGGAGCAGGCUUACGGCCAGGAUGGAGGCUGGAGCUCCUGGACCAAGUUCGGGUCAUGUUCACGGUCAUGUGGGGGCGGGGUUCGAUCCCGCAGCCGGAGCUGUGACAAUCCCCCCCCAGCCUAUGGAGGCCGCCUGUGUUCAGGGCCCGAGUUCCAGUACCAGAUAUGCAACAGCGAGGAGUGCCCGGGGCCCUACGAGGACUUCCGGGCCCAGCAGUGUGCCAAGCGCAACUCUUACUACGUCCACCAGAAUGCCAAGCACAGCUGGCUCCCCUAUGAGCCUGAAGAUGAUGCCCAGAAGUGUGAGCUGAUCUGCCAGUCAGAGGACACAGGGGACGUGGUCUUCAUGAACCAGGUGGUCCAUGAUGGGACACGCUGCAGCUACCGGGACCCGUACAGCGUCUGUGCCCGCGGCGAGUGUGUGCCCGUUGGCUGUGACAAGGAGGUGGGAUCCAUGAAGACAGAUGACAAGUGCGGGGUCUGUGGCGGCGACAACUCUCACUGCAGGACUGUGAAGGGGACACUGGGCAAGGCCUCCAAGCAGGCAGGAGCUCUCAAACUGGUACAGAUCCCCGCGGGUGCCAGGCACAUCCAGAUUGAGGAGCUGGAGAAGAUCCCCCACCACAUUGCGGUGAAGAACCAGGUCACAGGCAGCUUCAUCCUCAACCCCAAGGGCAAGGAAGCAGUGAGCCGGACCUUUACUGCAAUGGGCCUGGAGUGGGAGUACGUCGUGGAGGAUGCCAAGGAAAGCCUCAAGACCAGUGGGCCCCUGCCUGAAGCCAUUGCCGUCCUGGUGCUCCCCCCAGCUGAGGGUGGCCCCCGCAGCAGCCUGGCCUACAAAUACAUCAUCCAUGAGGACCUACUGCCUCUUAUCGGGAGCAACAACGUGCUCCUGGAGGAGACAGACACCUACGAGUGGGCGCUCAAGAGCUGGGCCCCCUGCACCAAGGCCUGCGGAGGAGGGAUCCAGUUUACCAAAUACGGCUGCCGGCGCCGGCGCGACCACCACAUGGUCCAGCGGCACCUGUGCGACCACAGGAAGAGGCCCAAGCCCAUCCGCCGGCGCUGCAAUCAGCACCCAUGUGCCCAGCCCGCGUGGGUGACGGAGGAGUGGGGUGCCUGCAGCCGGAGCUGUGGGAAGCUGGGGGUGCAGAUCCGGGGGGUGCAGUGCCUGCUGCCCCUCUCCAACGGUACCCACAAGGCCAUGCCGGCCAAGGCCUGCCCUGGAGACCGGCCCGAGGCCCGGCGGCCCUGCUUCCGCGUGCCCUGUCCAGCCCAGUGGCGCAUGGGAGCCUGGUCCCAGUGCUCUGCCACCUGCGGAGAGGGCAUCCAGCAGCGACAGGUGGUGUGCCGGACCAACGCCAACAGUCUCGGGCAAUGUGAGGGGGACAAGCCAGACACUGUUCAGGUCUGCAGCCUGCCCGCCUGUGCAGGAAAUCUCCAGAACUUUACAGUGAAUGCCAACAUUCGGGAACUUGUGACCCCAGAAGGACAGUGGGUGCCACAGUCUGGGCCCCUACAUCCCAUUAACAAGACAUCAUCAACGGAGCCCUGCGUGGGGGACCAGUCCAUCUUCUGCCAGAUGGAAGCGCUCGAUCGCUACUGCUCCAUCCCCGGCUACCACCGGCUGUGCUGUGAGUCCUGUACCAAGAAGGCCCUGGGCCCCAACACCAGCCCGGAUGCGGGCCUGGCCUCACCACCACCCUUCUCCACUCCUGGGAGCCCUCUGCUGGGAUCUGAGGCCCCUCCGGAUGCCGUGGAGGCCACUGUGGGGCCAACAGGAUCAGAGGACCGUCAGCAUGCCCAGCCCACUCAGCUCCCGAGACCUCUGGGCACCAGCUCCCCGGUGACCCAGCACCGCUCCCCUCCCCAGAAUCUGAGCCCUCGAGCAUCCUGGGGCACUUCCCCCAGAGCCCCCCGGGGACUGCCUUGGGGCUGGACCGGGGCACCUGUGCCCAUCUCCGAGGAUAAAGGGCAGCUCAGGGAAGACCCGAAGCCCCCAGGCACCGGCCUCCCCACCACCUCCCUGGUCACCUGAACCCCAGCUGUCCUCUCCCGCCGGUCAAGUUUACACUGUGUGCCGCCUCAGAGACCCCCGGCUCGGAGGACGCACAGCGGGGCAGGGCGAACACAGACUUCCUUUUAAAUUAUUUGCCUUCUUGUUGUUCUGGUUUGGGGCUGUGACACUUCACCCCUGGAAGCGGGUGCGUGAGGAAGAAGAUCGGAGCGCCCCGCACCGGAGAUACCUCAGCCGGGAGCCGGGGCGACGCACCCACACCCGAAGCUCUCGGGGGCUCCUGUCUGCCUCCUGGCAGGACUGGGGGCCGGCCAGCCCCUCCUCCUCACGGCCACACCGUGGGGCCCCACACUGGAUCCUUCCAGCCGCCUGCCUUUGCCAGACGUGUGGGGACCACUGUGGAGGCCCUGCGUGUCUGGCCCGUCUGCCCAGAGAGGCCAAGUGGGACAGGGAAGGCGAGGAGGACUCUCAGGGGCUGA